AUGGCGGGUCGUUUCGGAUCGCAGGUGAUGACGAUGACGGUGACCAAUACCCCGUCUGCAGAUCUAGCCUUCACUAACCUCGCUUACUGCUCCUCUGCCGAUCUCCGUCACAUCCGUGAUGGAAACAUUGCUCUCAAUGCUAUUCAACGGAGGCAUGCUAGGGUUUCCACUGGUGACAUGGUAUCUAUUAGCAGAUUUGUUCCCCCGGAGAACUUUGAGCUGGCUAUGUUGACACUCGAGUUGGAGUUUGUUAAGAAAGGGACUAAAAGCGAGCAGGUUGAUGCUGCUCUCCUUUCAACCCAACUUAAGAGGAAAUACACCAACCAGGUCUUGACUGUAGGCCAGAAAGCGACGUUUGAGUAUCACGGAACUAAUUACAUUCUUACCGUCAAUCGAGCGGAUGUAGAGGGUCAAAAUCAAUCAAAUGGCAUCGAAAGAGGGAUGCUUUCUCCAGAUACAUAUAUUGUGUUUGAAGCAUCAAACGCAAGUGGCAUAAAGAUUGUUAACCAACGGGAAGCUGCUAGCAGCAAUAUAUUUAAACAUAAGGAAUUUAACCUUGAAUCGCUGGGCAUAGGUGGUCUGGGUGCAGAGUUUGCUGAUAUAUUUAGAAGAGCUUUUGCUUCUCGUGUAUUUCCUCCUCAUGUCACGAGCAGACUGGGGAUAAAGCACGUUAAGGGAAUGCUUCUUUUUGGACCUCCUGGUACAGGCAAGACCUUGAUGGCACGGCAAAUUGGAAAGAUGCUGAACGGGAAGGAUCCAAAGAUCGUUAAUGGUCCUGAGGUGCUGAGCAAGUUUGUUGGUGAGACAGAAAAGAAUGUUAGAGACUUGUUUGCUGAUGCUGAGCAAGACCAGAGGACCCUCGGUAAGGAAACUUUCUUUUCCCUGAUCUGUGUUCGUGUGUAUUCAUUUUCCUACGCUUAUUGGGCAAUCUUACUUUCUUUCUCAGGUGAUGCUAGUGAGUUGCAUGUCAUUAUUUUUGACGAAAUCGAUGCUAUCUGUAAGUCAAGAGGCUCAACCAGAGAUGGCACAGGUGUCCAUGACAGUAUUGUAAACCAGCUUUUAACAAAGAUAGAUGGUGUGGAGGCCUUGAACAAUGUUUUGCUUAUAGGAAUGACAAACAGAAAGGAUUUGCUUGAUGAAGCUCUUUUAAGGCCUGGAAGAUUGGAGGUUCAAGUUGAGAUAAGCCUUCCUGAUGAAGCUGGGCGCCUACAAAUUCUUCAGAUUCACACAAACAAGAUGAAGGAAAAUUCAUUCCUGGGUCAUGAUAUCAAUCUCCAAGAACUUGCUGCUCGAACAAAAAACUACAGUGGUGCCGAGCUUGAAGGGGUUGUUAAAAGUGCUACAUCGUAUGCGUUAAACAGACAAUUAAGCAUGGAUGAUCUUACAAAGCCAGUGGAAGAAGAAAAUAUCAAGAUCACUAUGGACGAUUUUCUCCAUGCAAUCCACGAAGUUCAGCCUGCCUUUGGAGCCUCCACAGAUGACCUGGAGCGCUGCAGACUUAAUGGGAUGGUGGAUUCUGGUGAUCGGCAUAAUCACAUUUACAAAAGAGCUAUGCUUCUAGUUGAGCAGGUUAAAGUUAGUAGUAGAAGCCCUCUAGUCACUUGCCUUUUGGAAGGGCCCAGUGGAAGUGGUAAAACUGCUUUAGCUGCUACUGUUGGUAUCGAUAGCGACUUCCCAUAUGUUAAGAUUGUCUCUGCGGAAACUAUGAUUGGUCUUCAUGAGAGCACAAAGUGUGCUCACAUCGUCAAGGUUUUUGAAGAUGCAUAUAAAUCACCAAUGAGCAUUAUCAUCCUUGAUGAUAUUGAAAGGUUAUUGUUGGAGUACGUAGCAAUCGGUCCUCGUUUUUCAAACAUCAUUUCUCAGACGUUGAUGGUCCUUCUCAAACGACUUCCUCCGAAGGGGAAGAAACUUCUGGUAUUUGGGACAACAAGUCAACUAACAUUCUUAGAUUCUGUUGGUAUCUGUGAGGCCUUCUCUAUCACUUACUCUGUUCCUACGUUGAAAACAGAAGACGCAAAGAAGGUGCUGAAGCAGCUCAAUGUCUUCUCAGAGGAUGAUAUCGAUGCAGCUGCUGAGGCUCUCGAUGAUAUUCCAAUCAAGAAGCUGUACAUGCUAAUCGAGAUGGCGGCACAAGGAGAAGACGGUGGAUCUGCAGAAGCUAUCUAUGACGGGAGAGAGAAAAUAAAGAUCAAUCAUUUCUUUGAUUGCCUACAAGACGUUGUCCGAUUCUGAUCAACACUUCCGCAUUACUUGUCUCUUUUUUCGAUCGUUGUUGGUAAACAAUUUGUUACUCUUUGGGAUUUUAUUUCUUUGGAGGAAUAUGGAAUUGAGAGGGCUCCUUGUGCUGAUGCAUUUUUCUUUCUUCGUUUUGCUUCUUGGGGUGAGUAGAAAUAAUAUUGCUUUUGACUUUUACUUUCAAAUUUGUGUGUUUUAAUCAUUUCUCUAAUUAUUAGUUGUAGACUUA